AUGAAGCGACCGUCAUUCGGUACCGAUGGCAGCAAGAAGGCGGAAUUCUGCUCUCAGCACCGGCAGCAGGGUAUGGUCGAUGUCGUCACCAGGAAGUGCGGCCACCCAGGAUGCACCAAGCACCCAUCAUAUGGUAAAGACUGCAGCAAGAAGCCAGAGUUCUGCUCGCAGCACAGCCAGCAGGGCAUGGUCGAUGUCCACAACAUGAAGUGCUGCUAUCCAGGUUGCAUAAAGGUGGCAUCAUAUGGUACCGACGGCAGCAAGAAGGCGGAGUUAUGCUCUCAGCGCAGCCAGCAGGGCAUGGUCCCUGUCUUUGUCAAGAGGUGCGGCCAUCCGGGUUGCACGAAGCAGCCGUCAUUUGGUGUCCACGACAGCAAAAAGGCGGAGUUCUGCUUGCAGCACAGCCAGCAGGAUAUGGUCAAUGUCGUCAACAGGAGGUGCGGCCAUCCAGAUUGCGCAAAGGUGGCACGGUAUGGCACCGACGGCAGCAAGAGGCCGGGGUCCUGCUCUCAGCACAGACAGCAAGGCAUGGUCGAUAUCGUCACCAGGAGGUGCGACCAUCCAGGGUGCAUGAAGCGACCGUUUUACGGUGUCGACGGCAGCAAAAAGGCGGAGUUCUGCGCUCAGCACAAGCAGCAGGCCAUGGUUUAUGUCCGUAGCAUGAGAUGCGGCCAUCCAGGGUGCGCGACGCGACCGUCAUAUGGUCAAGACCUCGGCAAGAAGGCGGAGUUCUGCUCUCAACACGCCAAGCAAGGCAUGGUCUCUGUGCAUGGCAGCAGGUGCGGCCAUUCAGGGUGCGCGACGCGACCGUCGUAUGGUCAAGACCUCGGCAAGAAGGCCGAGUUCUGCUCGAAGCAUGCAAAGGCAGGGAUGAUCAACGUCGUCAUAAAAAGGUCGCCAGUUGUGAUCGAUUCGUCAUCACCCCUACUCCUAUCAUUGCCCGACCAGGCAUGGCUGUCGGCAUCCUCUUAA